AUGCGUCCCUCGUACGCUACAGGCGCAGCGAUUCGGAUCUCUGCGGAACUUAAGCAGGCAGGCAGACGCUGUCUGGACUUCUCAGGCCAGGUGUACUUCAGCGUGUAUAUAAAAGAGGAAGGAUAUCUUGGGGCAGAGAUGCGCCCUAUCGCUGGCUCGCUGAUAAGUCAUGCGCGCGCAGAUAAAGGUAUCGCAGUUACAACACUGGUGCUCCAGCAUGAGGGGCUGGCGGCGGUCAGGAUUCACUGUGACAGCUGCAUAUCAGCGUUUACCCCUUUUUUCUCCGUGGUGAAACCGACAGCAAGGAGGCUCGCGCUUGCACGACAACCGUCGUCCGGUGUCGCCGGCGUCUCCCUGCCAAUCCAACCUGUUGUGAGGGUAGUGAGCGCUGACGGCUCGCCCGCCAGGGGAAGAACCUUAGUCGUGGCCAGCCUCCACGUUCGAGGCAUAAAACCGGAACUAAAAGCGCAUGCGCUUCUAGGGACCACCACCGUUGAAUCGACCGACGAUGGCGUCGCGACCUUUGAAGACCUGGCUGUUUCCGCAGUUGAUGACGGGUACUUCCUGGGCUUCGCCUUCGCUGACUCUCAGUCUGCGUUACCGUCCACAUUUUCGUGGCCGUUCGCCGUAGUGCAUGGCCCAGCCCGCAGACUGCGAUUCGCUGUUGAACCCCCUGGAGAGAUUUUCCCGGAAAAAGCCUUUUCUGUAUCUAUUGCUUUCGUCGACGAGUGGGGCAACAGCGUCUUCGGUGUUGUGGAGGACACAGAGGGCAAGCCUGCAGAAGUCACGCUUACGUUAGCUGGCAGCCCCUCGAGCGCCACCGUGCUAACUGGCCAGCGCGUGCUAGAGACAAUGGGAGGACCUUUGCACUUCGAUGACCUUGCUAUAAACGGCAUGUUCAGGGGGGACUUGCAACUGGAGGCUACUUGCGCCAAAUGCGAUGUGGAGCCAGUGCGCUCACGCAUUUUCAAAAUUCACCUGUCAAACACUGCACGCAUUUCCAAAUGCCCACUGCUCUAUGAAGACGCAGCUAUCUCCACCGAGGUCCCCGUGCCCUCCAAGGUCCAGGGCACCUACGGAUUCGGGUUCAACUCGUGUGUAUAUCAAAUCACACUCCUGGCUGACGAAGCGCAGUUCCUCGCCCCCAAGCACGACGUUGUUGUCGAUAUAUCAAGCAUAGAGAUGAAAGAACCCGUCCCAGGUUUGCAAGGCGAGAGUCAACCUGAGGCACGGCUCACCAUUACGCCAAAGACGCUAACAUUCUCCCCUUCGAAUUACUUUAUUCCGCAACAGGUCCUUCUGCAGGUCGAAAACGACAACGAAAUUAUCGCCUCCCAAGAGCUCACAGACGCUGCGAGCGAGCUGUUCGUGGGCGACUACGUUAUACGACACACCAUGCACUCGGAUGACAAAUUAUGGAACGAUGGUGUGGUGAAGUGGGAGAUCGAUGGCGGCGGGCCUCCCGCAGGCGCAGACCACUUCAUCGAUUUUGAAACGGGAGGACGCAAGCCAGGCGCAGACCGCGGGCCAUUCGUUACUGAGGGCAACCUCGUGGUUCGCGUGGUCGAUGAUGACAGACGGCGUGUGUUCACAAAAGUGCCGUCAACCAUCCAGAUGGAAGGACAACAUAUUUCGUACAGUGUGUGGCUUUCCAUGGCUCCGUCGCCGGGAACCAACGUCACAGUGAAGAUGGAGCCGGCGGCGGGAAGUCGCUCGGUCGCUCUGGACCCCGGUGUGCUGACCUUUACACGCGACAACUGGCAGAUUCCUCAAAACGUCUCUGUGCUCACCGACGAUGACAACAUCGCUCUGCCGCCGGAAAUCAAAGGGGGAAGGCUGACACGAAGCCAGAUCGAAAUGAUCCAGAUUGAGCAAACUGUGCUGAGCGAGGACAAUUUUACGCUGGCUGCCGCGGGCUUCGGAGUUCCGGUUAGGGACAAUGACGUACCCGGACUUGUAUUCGACGAAACGGCUGUGAUUCCGGAAGGCUCCACAGCCUCCACAUCGUUUCGUCUCCGCUCUCAACCAGUUGCCCCUGUUACCGUUCGCAUCGAGUGCGACGGCGCCCACAUCACGGCCGACUUCGGACACAGCAGCGCGUUGUUAGUUGAGCCCCUGGACUGGGACGUACCCCGCCUGGUCGAGCUGCAUGCAGACUUUUCGAAAGAUAUUCUCGGUCCCGAGUACAAGGCGUUCUGCAAAGUUGUUGCGGAGUCAGAUGACAAAAAUUACAACUCAGAAUCCUGGGAGCAGAACACGAAAAACGUGCCGGUGUAUGGAUUCACUGUAGUGGUGUAUCGCGAGAGCCUAGCAGACGAUGACAAGCUGGCCGCUACUAUUUGCCCCGUUGGCCAGAGCCUUCAGCGAACGUCAGAUGGUGCAGUGGAUAAAUGGGAGUGCCAACCCUGCCCACGGGGUCAUAAAUGUCCGCACCCUCUUGUGAAGCCAGAAAAAUGCACCGCAUAUUCCAGACUUCGCGACGGCUGUCCCGACCUCUGUCCUUUGACAGAGGUUGUCUGCGGCAUGUCGCAGCCGUUCACCGCCGACUGGCUCUUCGACGCCUGCGACCCAGGAUUUUUUUUCUACCCCAAACUUGGCGGGUCAUACUGUCUCCCGUGCCCAGCGGGGAACUACUGCCCCCAGAUGUUUGUCAUGCCUACUCCGUGCCGUCGGGGCACGUUCUGCCCCCAGCAGAGCAUAGCGCCCGAGCCUUGUCCGCCUGGAUUCUACUGCGCACGGCCGUGGCUGUCCCCUGAGCCUUGCCCCUACGGCAUGAUGAGCGACCAAGGAGCGGAUCGAUGCACGCCUUGUCCUGAGGGUUACAGCUGUCCCAACGCUCCGCUACCGGGGACUCAGAAAUGCCCCGACAGGACGAGGUCUUUCAUAAGGAACCCACACUGCCUGAGGUGCGACGACAGAGGGGACACGUACUGUUCACACGGUGCGCACGUUAACAUCUGCUACUCCCCAGAGGAAAUACCAGAUCCCGAUGGCUUGCCGCGUUGCAUUCCCUGUCCUGCCGGUCACGAGUGCAUCUUAGGCAAAGCCAAACCUUGUCCCUCUGGGUUCUACGCGGAAGAGGCCGGGGGCAUCUGCCGCCCUUGUGAAGCUGGUCACAUCUGCGACGAGAGAGAGCCUGGCCCGAAUACCGGAAAGUUCGUGAACGGACCAUUCUACAAAGAACCAGGCGUCAUAGAGGUGAAGGUCUGCCCACCAGGAACGUAUUCCUGGGGCAUUGCCUUCACCUCUCAUGACGGCUGCCAGCCGUGUGGUGCGGGCGUUUAUUGUCCCUACAAAACGAAAGAGCUGCCAGUGGUGUGCGCUGCAAACGAGUAUUGCCCAGAAGGGACCUUGAAGCCGCUCAAGUCUCCUCCCUUGACAGAAGGGUAUACACUGUCCAACGGUGAACGGACAACGGGCCUGGGGCACUUCGGCGCCUUCCGCUAUUGCAAAUUUGGCCAGACCAACCUCGCUGCAGGCGGCACAUGCACGCAGUGCCCGCGCGGACAGAUCUGUCGAAUCGGCUCCGCCCCCAUAAACUGUCCGCCUGGGACGUACGCGCCGACAGGCCCGGGCGCGGCGGAACCGUGCAAACCUUGCCCAGAAGGGAAAAUAUGUCAUCUGGCAGGGAUGCACGAACCUGCGGAGUGCCCUGCUGGCACUCAGCACUUCUACGCAGACGGGGUCGACGUUGAGCUGCCUGAUUUCUCCGCAGAUCCAGUUCCUGGAUCUUUGUAUCAAGGUCCCCGAACAAUGGCCAGCAGCCUCAUGGCUUGUGCCAAAUGCCCCGCCGGGACUGCGUGCAAGGGUGGAGGAGCUUCCGCACAAAAGUGCCCCGCUCGGCACUUCUGUCCAGAAGGUACCGAAACUCCGCUGCCCUGCCCUCCCGGCACGACGACCCAGGCAGGCGUCGCAGCGGCGAGCGAGGGUGACUGCACUCCCUGCCCCCCUGGAAGAGCUUGUCACUCGGGAAAAGAGGAGUCAUGUGAAGCCGGAUACUACUGCCCGGAAGGGACGCGGUACAAGCACGAGUUCCCCUGCCCCGGCGGGUCGUACUCGAGUCAGGGGCAAGAGAAGUGCACACCGUGCCCGGAAGGCAAAUACUGCCCUCCGACCAGCACAACGCCCAAACCCUGCCCCGCGGGAUACUAUUGCCUGGCGGGGUCACAUAACCCGUGGGAUACACCCUGCCCUGCAAACACCUACUCGGCGAAGCCGAAUCUGAAGAGAGAGCGCGACUGCACAAAGUGCAAAACAACUCAGUACUGCCCGCCGGCGUCUGUGGACCCUCUUCCUUGCCCGCAAGAGGCCCUCGACCCGGAACUCGGGGUGGAGUGCACCCCUCUACCGUCCGAGCGUUGCAGGCCCGGUCAGUACACCGGGCCCACAUCCUGUCUCGAUUGCAAGCCGGGAUAUUACUGUGACGCGGUGGGCAUGACUGAAGAAGACAUGCUUGACAAUCCCUGCCCUCCUGGAUACACGUGCCCCACAGCAGGCCUAAGUAGCGGCACGGAGACCAGAUGCCCCACGGGGUCAUACUGCCCCAUGGGGACUGCCGACCCUUUAGGCAUUCUUUGUCCUGCGGGCACAUAUAACGACGAAGAACAAGCAACCGAUGUGGAACAGUGCAAAACUCUGCCGGCAGGUUACUAUUCUGCGGGCGGAGCCAAGGCGAGCACGGGCGACGGGCCAUGCGAUGCGGGAUACUACUGCCCUCCAGGAUCCACAGUUCCUCACGCCUCACCUUGUCCAAAAGGGACAGUGCUCGCUCGGACCGGAGGGAGUCAAGAAGAGGACUGCGAGCCUUGCUCUCCAGGUUCCUUCUGCGACGCGGUCGCAGAAACAAAGGCCUCGGAGUGUCCAUCCGGCCACUACUGCGUGGGAGGAGCGCACUCGCCGACGCCUUGCCCCGCCGGCACAGUGAGAAAGGCCCCCGGGGCAGCGUCGAGCGACGAGUGCGCGCCGUGCCCCGCGGGCAAGUUCUGUCCUUUGCUCGGCGCCGUUGAAGAGGCCGGUAGCUGCGAGGCAGGCUACUUGUGUAUGCAAAGGGCUACAAUCCCCAAGCCCACCGACGGCAUUACUGGAAAGCUGUGCCCCCGUGGGUACUACUGCAGCGCCGGAGCCCAGGCGCCGACGAGCUGCCCAGCGGGGAAGUAUAUCCCCUUUGCAGGCUCGACGAGCAUAAAUGAUUGCAUCAGCUGCAACCCAGGAUUCUUCUGCGACGGAACGGACAGCGCGAACCCGGCGAAACCCUGCUUCGCUGGAUUUUACUGUACGGGCGGCGCGACGGCGGGGAACCAGCAUCCCGCCCCCGUGGGCCACCACUCGGCAGGGGGGAGUCGCGGCCCCGUGGCCUGCCUGCCAGGCACAUUCCAGGAUCAAGAGGGUCAAGCGCUCUGCAAGCCUUGUCCUCAGGGGCACUACUGCCCGGAGCUGGGAAUGUCUUCGACGGUCGAGUGCGGACGAGGAAGAUAUUGCCCCCCGGGCUCUUCCGCGCCGCGGCUCUGCCCCCCUGGAACCUUCUCGACAGCUGCAACUGCGGCCGACGCUUCAGAAUGCAGUGCAUGCACGGCCGGCAGCUUCUGCGCGGGCCCCGGAGCUGCAGCCGUCACGGGACAGUGUGCCGCUGGCUACUUUUGCAAGUCUGGCAGCCACAGUCCUACGCCCCAGGAUGAAACAGAGGACUUCGGUCCGUGCCCCGCAGGCACCUACUGCGCCGCUGGAGCGGAGUCGCCGACGCUUUGCGACGCUGGGACUUACGGGCCCUCACGGCGAGCCGCUGAUAAAACCGCUUGCGUCCCUUGCGAUGCUGGAUCCUUCUGCGACAAACCCGGUCUCAGCCGACCAGCAGGGCUUUGCGCAGAAGGCUUCUUCUGCGCUGAGGGAAGCAACACGGCAACUCCUGUGGAUGGGGCCUGCCCCGCAGGCCACAAGUGCCCCGCUGGCUCGCCUGACGCUAGCCCAUGCGAACCUGGAACCUAUCAGAGCGAAACGGGCAGAAGCAGUUGCGUGGAAUGUUCAGCGGGACAUUUCUGCGGAGUUGCAGCACAGUCCGAGACACGCUGCCCCGCAGGCGCCUUUUGCCCGCCAGGCACAAAACACGGCCAAGAGAAUCUCUGCCCGCCUGGAACCUUCAGAGCGGACGAAGGCGGCCAGUCUCCCGCAGACUGCCAGCCAUGCGGAGAAGGAGACUACUGCGGAGACUUCGGCCUCACCCAGGCCUCGGGCAAAUGCAAAGAAGGAUUUUACUGCAAGAAAUACAACGUAGUCAGCCAGCCGACGACCAGCGAUUGUUACUUCGCCGCCCCCGUUCGCGGCGGGCAGACGGACAAAUGCUCAGACAUCGAUACCGCGAUGUUCCGGGAGAGAGCAGACGCACUGGAUGCUUGCGCCCAUUCUGACUCUUGUGAAGGCGUGACUGAGACGAGGGACAGCCAGUUCUACCCGCGCUGCGGCGGCUACACAGUUGUGGGCGAGUUCGCGACUGCCCUCUUUUACUGGCGAAUCUGUUGGACGGGCACGAGGUGCGGCCCUGGAGAGCUCUGUCCUGCAGGCGCGUCAGCGCCGCAGAGCUGCCCCGUGGGGCAGUACUGUCAAGCCGCAGCGGCGAGUCAGGCGCAGGGGCCCUGCCCUGCUGGAUAUCUCUGCCCUGACGGCCUUCUGCUCACUACACUGGUCUCCAGUCUCUGUCCCAAGGGCCACUUUUGCUCUGAGGGGACUCCAGACCCGACACCGUGCCCGGAAGGGAAGUACAUGCCUGCAAGGGGCGCUAGGUCUGAAGACGAGUGCCUAGAUUGCCCUGCGGGCUUCUACUGCAGUGGGACCGGGAAAGAGGCUCCAACUGGAACUUGUGAUCCAGGGUUCUUCUGCAAACAAGGCGCGAACUCAGCUCAGGAUGCUGAAUGCCCCAGAGGCCAUUACUGCCCGCAAGGAGCUGUCGAGGCUAUACCAUGCCCAGCAGGCACCAUGCAGCCUGCUUCCGGACAGGAGUCCUGUCUGCCGUGCAGCACAGGCAACUACUGUGAAUUCGGCGCGACAUCGGGGAAGCCCUGCCCUGCCGGAUUCUACUGUCCCUCGGCCUCUGGCGCGGGGACGUCCUUCCCCUGCCCGACGGGAUCCUUUUCGGACAAACAAGGCGUUACCAGUGCGGACACGUGCGCCAAGUGCCUGCCUGGAUACUUCUGCGACGAACCGGGCCAAACGAAGCCUGUUGACACAUGCCUUCCGGGUUACUACUGCCCCGAAGGAACAGGCCUCAGGUAUCCUCAGACCUUUUGCCCGCCGGGCACCUACUGCCCGAGAGGGUCGGAGCGGCCGCUAGAGUGCCCAGCGAAUUACUUUUGCGAUUCCUCGCGGCUAUCCGAGCCGACCGCGACGUGCGCGCCCGGUUUCAUUUGCGCGGCUCGCUCCACGACGCCGACACCCACGGAGGCCAUCAGUGGACAGGCUUGCCCCGAGAAUCUCCAAGGCUACAAGUGCCCCCCUGGCCAUUACUGCCCUCCCGUGCGGACGCGACUGGUGGCUGGCGUCGGAGUCGCUGGGAAAUCUGAAGAAGGGAAGGACGCAAGCGCCGCCUUCUUGAAUGGAUCUCAAGACGCUGUGCGUUCACAGACAGGCGAUAUUUUCAUUGCCGAUACAGAGAACUUGCGUGUGGCUCGACUGGACGGCGUCACGGGAGAGAUAUCCACGUAUAUUGGCCAGGGGCUGCGCCAGGGAGACUCGAGCUGGGUUCUGACUGCGAAGCCGACGAGGCUGGCACUUUCUCCGGACGGGGCAACUUUAUACAUAUUGUAUUCAGACGUGGCAAGAGUUGUUUCGCACCAGUUCGAAAAGGAACAAACGAAGGAGAUUGUCGCAGCGCGGGGCUCGAGCUCGCCGCAGGGUUUCGCUUUGAACCCGGACGGGACAGCACUUUAUGUCGCGGACACGGGCAACAACAGAAUCAGGAAAGUGCUCCUUACCGCACUCAACUCGGCGACAGACCUCUUUGGCGACGAACGAGCAGACACCGCCGACCUUCCCGGGAAAAGCCCUCCGUUAGCCCAGCCGUCAGCGGUCUGGGCUGCUUCGAAUGACGUUGUCUACAUUGCAGACACUCGCAACGGCAGGAUUCGCAAGUUCGAGCAGGCCGGCAUCCCGCAGGGCGGUGGAAGACUGACGACGAUUAUCGGCGGGCCUGCGGGCGGCGUCGACUUGGAGGCGCCGGUCGCUCUUACGGGUUUCGAAGCCGACGGGAAGGUUAACCUUGUCGUCUACGACGAGGGCGCGAAGAUGGUUAUAAUGAUCGCCGACGCAGAUGGCACACCGAUGAGGGUCGACUUGUUCGACACCUCACUAGCUGGUGACGGGCACACGGACGCCCAACUGCAUCCCACCUCGGGUGGCUUGACCGUUGAAGAUUUAACGGGCGACGCUGCAGCGCUUCUCUUUGGCGAUCCUGCGCGGCAUCGCAUCCGCCGCGUAUUCCUGAAUCCCGACUACCAGGAGCCGGUGGCGACGAAAGUCCCCUGCCCGUCAGGCACCUACCUGGACUACGGUGGCGCAUUCGCUCGGAUUCACUGCAAGAAAUGCCCGGCUGGAAAAUACUGUCAAGGCGAAGGUCUGGUCCAGCCCUCAGGUGAUUGUGGAGGAGGCUUCGUCUGCGAGGCGGGCUCGAAACAGCCCGAGGGAUCGCCCUGCCCAGCCGGACACUUCUGCCCCGCGCCUCCCUCAGGACCUCGCAACACUCGAAGAAACUGGGCGUUGGGAAAGUCAGUAGCGACGCCCUUUCCCUCCGGCCGAUCCACUGCGAGCGUCGUGACAGAUGGAGACUACUCGGAGGCCUCCUCCUGGCCUUUGAGGAGCCCUUCGUUUGGACAGCCUUCAGCAGAGUCCCGGGCUCAUAUAGCUGGAGAGGACCUGUUCGUCAUUCAACUGGAGGAUGCAGCAGAAAUCGGCAGAGUCGAGCUUCAUAUCGGCCGCCCCUGUGACCAAGCGGCUGUCGACGAGGUGUCGGCGUGGUGCGGGGAGAGAGGGGCCUUUUCCUGGAGGCCGGUAGCAUUCGUUGACCGGUUGGAGGAGCCUGGCCUGAUCCGCCUCACUCUAGAAAAGCAACAAAAAUGCCCCCAAGUGGCCGUGCAAAUCACAGGAGAUAACGGAGCGCCGAUUAUCAUUCGCGAAGUUGUCCUGCAAAGCCACGUGUCUCACGCAGGCAAGUCCGAGUUUCCGUCAAAGGUGGCUCAGCCAUGCGCACCUGGCACCUACCAAGACGAACAGGGGCAGACGGCCUGUAAGCAGUGUCCCGCUGGCCAGUACUGCGCGGCGUUCAAGACUGCGCAGCCGCAGCCUUGCCCGCCAGGGUACUAUUGCCCACCAGGGACAAGCACCCCCUACGUCUUCCCGUGUCCCCUCGGGUACUAUUCGGCCCAGGGGGCGUUGACGCGAGUGGAACAAUGCGAGCCCUGUCCCCGAGGCCAGUACUGUGGAACCCGAGGCGCCACUCAGCCGACGGGCGAGUGUGACGCGGGCCACCUGUGCACCGGAAGGUCUUGGCUGGCCGCUCCAUUCAGCGACUCAGUCAAUCCUGACGUCAUCGUGACACACGACGGGAUUCUCGAGUUCGCCACAGGGUUUGGGCAGCGCUGUCCGCUGGGUUUCUACUGUGAGGCCGGAGCGCUGCAGCCGUCGGAAUGCCCUAAUGGAACUCAAACCGUAGCGGAGGGGGCGAUGAGCGACAACGAAUGCGUGCCGUGCGAACCGGGUUUCUACUGCCCCGAGCCCGGGGUCUCUCUCCCCUGCGCGGAGGGCUAUGUCUGUCUCGAGGGUGCGACAACGCCGACUCCGGCAGACGGAGUCGCCGGGAAGCGCUGCGAAGCAGGCUUUUUCUGUCCGCAAGGCUCGUACAAAAUGACUCCGUGCGAGCCAGGAACAACGAGCGACGAGGGUGCUAGCGUCUGCACGCCGUGUGAAGGCGGGAAGUUUUGCCCCUGGCCGGGGACAGCCUCCGGGAACGGGAACGGCAUAAAAAAAUGCCCUGCUGGUCACUACUGCCCAGACGGAAGUGCGCGCCCGCUGCCUUGUUCCGCCGGCAGCUUCCAGUCUGAGACAGGCUCGACUGCCUGCUUGCCGUGCCCAGAAGGCUUUUACUGCGCAGAAAGCGGUUUGCCAGCCGCCGCAGAAAAGUGCUUCGAAGGCUUCGUCUGUGGAGAAGGCGCCUCGACGCCGGCGGAGUGGGCAGCUGUGUAUGGGGUGCAGGGCGCCCUCAACGGCAGGUGCCCAACCGGUCACAAAUGCAGCGAGCGCGGAGGCAUGCCUGUUCCCUGCGAACCGGGAACGUAUCAGGACUCAACGACGUCCACGGAAUGCAAGCCGUGUCCCCCAGGGAAGUUCUGCAGCACCGCCGGCCUGUCCAAGCCAUCUGGAAGCUGUGAGGCGGGGUACUACUGUAAAGUGGGCGCGAAGCAGGCGCGCCCGGAAAUCGAGAGUGAAGGCGGCAUCUGCCCAACGGGCUGGGUCUGCCCAGAGGGCUCAGCAGCCCCUCAAGGAUGCCAUCUGGGGCAAUACACGGAUCGGCCUGGCCAGUCCGCCUGCCAAACAUGCCCCGCCGGAAAAUUCUGUCUGAAGGCGGGAGACGCGCCUCAGCCCUGCCGAGACGGACAUGUGUGCGACGCCGGUAGCGGCGUCGGGAGCCCGUGUCCACCGGGGUCAUACUUCAAGGCCUCGGAGUCCGCGACGACAGAGGGGUCCUGCGUGGCCUGCGAUGUCGGCCGCUACUGCCGCGCGGGCAAGGUAGCCGGGCCCUGCGCACCUGGGUUUCUUUGCGGCUUGGGAAACUGGCUUCCGAACCCGAAUGCUUUGCAGAAGCCCCCGACCCCGUUCGUCCCUUCCGCGGAAUCGCCCUCAGCCGUUAUGCUCACGCUGGACAACUGGAGGCGCCUGGGGACAGGAGCGAGUCUCUACGGCGGCAUUCCCUGCCCCGCCGGCCACUACUGCGUUGCAGGCGCCACGAUGCCAGCUGCAUGCGAGGAGAACACAGCGAGACUUGAGACUGGAGGCCGGUGGAAGAGCGACUGCAGUCCCUGUCCAGCAGGAUACUUUUGCAUCGACGGCGAACCCGUGCCCUACCCGUGCCCACGCGGAUAUUACUGUCCCUUCUCCUCGUGGGAGCCGACGCCUUGCCCGGAAGGCACUCUCGGCGCCAGAGACAAGGCAGAGAGCCUUGGAGACUGCAUUAUCUGCCCGUCUGGCUACCACUGCAAGGCGGGCACUGCGGACCUGGCCGACGAAGGCCUGCUCUGCAGCGCUGGCUACUACUGCCCAGAAGGCACCAAAGAACCUGUCCCUUGCAUCCCCGGAACGUACAACGCCUUCAACGGCGGGACGUCAAUAGACAGCUGCUUGCCUUGUCCAGCGGGUUUCUUCUGCCGCUCGGAAGGCACUGCGAGACCCACCAGUGCUUGUCCCGCUGGCUACUACUGCCCGGCUGGUUCGCUGUCUCCUCUGAUUUGCCCGCCUUCGAGCUACUGCCCUCUCCAGUCGAGCUCCCCCAAACGCUGCUCGGAGGAGGGCUUUUAUUGUCCGCUUGGGAUGCCCGCGCCGGAGCCGUGCCCCCCCGGGGCCCUGUGCGCGCCCGGGGCGAAAGAACCCGAGCUGUGUCCGAAAGGGACAUAUCUCCCACCCCCAGAGGCGGGCACUGUCGGCGGUUCUGAAUCCCAGUGCAACGCCUGUCCAUCUGCGUAUUACUCGGAUGCCCUGGGCUCGACGGCCUGCUCGACUUGCCCAGCGGGCUUCCUUUGUUACGAGGGCUGUCGCUCGAGCCAUCCGUCGUCCAAGGACGUCGAUAGGGGCGAGCCGUGCCCGCUGGGGCACUACUGUCUCGCGGGGGCGCUUGAGCCCUCUCCGUGUCCUGCCGGGACUGCUGGGAUGAAACAGGGCCUGAGACACCCAGGAGAGUGCACGCUGUGCGGAGCGGGGACAUUCAACGACCUUCCGGGCCAGUCGAUGUGCUCGAUGUGCGGCGCAAGCGCCACGAGCGAGCCGGGCUCCCUCACGUGCAACUGCAAGGGCGAAAACCGCAUGUUCCAGCCCAGCGACAAAUCCUGCGUCUGCAAGCCGGGCUUCAUCUUCGUGAAGGACGGGGUGGACAUCGCCUCCGAAGACGGAGACGGCAACUGCUAUCAAGUCGUCCACGAUCGCUGCGGGAUAGGCCAGUCUCGGGACGCGUCGGGCGCGUGCGUAGAUCCCGAGCCGUACUGCGCAAAAGAGUGUGGAAACGGCGGCGGAGAGUUCAACGAGGUCGUGGGGCUGUGCAUGUGCCAUGCGACACCCGCAGAAGUCGCGGAGUGUGACAUCACUUGCCAGCGCCAGGCAACGCGCUUGAUUCUAUCAGACGACACAUUCAUUUUCGAGAAACCUCUGGACUCUGGAAGCACCGAAAUCACCGCCGAGGUGUCCCUCGCCUCGCUGCGACCGGACCGCCUUGCUGGAACGCCUACGUGCACAGCCGGAGAAAGAUGCGUCAUGCAAAUCCAAGACAUGACUACAAACUACGUGCUCGGGCUUUUUGGAGCCCCCGACGAGCUCAUCACCGAGUUACAAACUCCGCCUGCUGUUCGCACUGCUCACGCCCUCCUGCACACCGACCAGCCGCCGCCACUGUCAAGCGCUUCCGUGCCUGGUGUCCCUGGCCCUGUCCAGUGUCUCCCUGUGGGAACAACAGUCGUCUGGAGAUUGGGGAAGAACAAUUACCCUGUCUACGUCAAGGACAGCCUCGUCAACACCAACCGAGAAUUCGACUACGGGAACUUCAGACAGCUGGCCUGGGAAGUCCAAGCAGGCGUCGCGUACGUCCUCUUCGCCCACACGUUUGAGGAGCCAGGGGUCUACGUGUUCAGUUCCAGCCAGAAUCCCAAGCAGCUGUCGAUUCUGCGCUUUCUGGACGACAAGUUGAAGUGCAGGGACAGCGCAACCGUCCCACGUCGCCACACGCGCGAGAGCCUCGCAGCGGUUGGCAUUCGCUUGAAUCCAGAGAUCUACGAAGUCGCCGACUGGGGCACUCUCGCGAGACUCGUCCUGGCGGCCGUGGUCUUUGUUGCUCUGUUGCUUCUCUUGGGAUGGGUUCUCAACGUCCAGGACUUGGACUUCGAGGUUGAGGACACCGUCUCGUUGACCUACCGGAGGCGCCACCUGGACUUCCAGGUGCCCACGGUCCUCGGGCCUUUGAAGGGCCCGCUGGGUUUCGAGGCCGAAGAGGCGCACAAAGCCAAUGCGCGCGCAGGCGCACUCCAAUUGCUGCAGGACGUGGAUCCCCGCAUCGUCAAGGGGAGUCUGACGCUCGUAGCCAGAACUGCGGAGUACGUUGCCCAGCUGGAACAGCUGCUGAGGGCGAAACGCGCAGAGAAAGAGCGUGAGAUGCACGAAGCCAUCCAGGACAUCAGCAAACAAAUCACGGACACCUUCAGCGACUUCUUUUCGAAUCAGGCCUGGACAGCGUCGGACAGCCAAGUCCAAGAGUGCGUGGAGCAGAUUCUGAAAUACCUGCGGAUGCCGCGGAAAGUUCUUGUUGAGGAAAUGGCGAAAGCUCAAGAAGCGAGAGAGGCUGAGCAGAAUCUUUACAACGCAGCCGAAACGCCCAAGGCCCUGGAUAUGACCCGCCGCCAAAGCACGCUCAUGGCUCUUGGACAAGAGACGCCGGAACAACUCCUCGAUCUGCGAGCGGCUCUGGCUUGUUUUUUCGGUCCAUUUUUGUACGGAAGCCUAUGCGACGCAGGCACGCUGACUGGCGACUUGUCCAAGACGCUGUGGCAGCAGCGCCAGCUACAGGUCGAGUCCAUGAGAAAGUUCACCCGGUUUCGCGACGCAGCCCUCGCCUCAGCCGAGAACGACAUUAUCUCCCUUCACCUCGCUCUCCAAGUCGCCGUGCGCAAGGGGGAGAAGUCCGCGACUGGAGCGCGAGAGAGUGUGGAACGCAUGCUGCUCACGGCGGUGGAGGAUGUCAACAAGAGCCUCGUCGCGGCUUCGGAGAAAGAGCAGAAGGCGCACGACGGCAUCGUCCACGCGACGAAGUCUCGUCUGCGGAAGUGGAUCCAGGCGCAAGCUGCGAGGAUCGUGGAACAGGCGAAGAGUGCCAAGCGCGACUUGGUCAGUGAGCUCUCUGCUUCGCACGAGGAAGAAGAAACCUUCCUCAUGCAGGUGCUGGAAGGAAAGAAAACCGCUAUUCUGGACGCACUCGCGGAAAGGCACCUGGCGGAGGUGGCUGCCGCCGAGGAGAGGCUGCGGUGGGAGUCUGCGAGGGAGGCUGAGCCAACAGGGGACGAGGCCGCGGGGACCUUACAAGACGUGAUGGCGCUGGAGCUUGGUCAGUUGCAAACAAAGCACGAAGAAGCAACGCGCGCCGCCCGCAACCAAAUCGAGGAGCUGAUAUGCCGCCGACUUCAGGCGCUUCGCACUCGCCACGCCAACGAGAAGGAAAAGGAAGAACUGAGACUCAACGAGUACAAGCACUGUCUUCUCUUUGAGCUCUUCGCCGCGGCUCAGGCAACGCAGGCCUUCACAGAACAAGCCGCCCAGCACCACGUCCAGAGGAAGCUGGCAGAGGACUCCGUAAACCCCGAUUUCGUCAAGUCUGUCGCCAGCUUUGGCCGCAUCCUCCAAGACAACCUGAGCGGAGAAGCCAAGAUUGCGAACGCAGAGGCCGAGACUGCCUUCGUCCGCGCGCGCCGGCUGCUGCAGGCGAAGAGCCGCAGACUCCUCGAGGCAGCAGAGGCGACGCUGGAGGUGAAGGACGAGCGAGAGUUCCUCGACCUCAGAGAGCGGCACAAGGCGGGCUUGCAAAAGUGCCUCGCCGCUAAAGAGGCUGGGCUCAACCGAGUCCUUGGUGACCUCGAAAGGGCUGAGGACGCCGAGGCCGAGGCCGAGACCCGGCUGGCGCUCUUUAUGCAGGAGCAACUCCUGGGCGACGAGGAGGCGAAGCUCCGGCGGGACGUUCAGCGAGACCAGCAGCGCUUUGAGGAGGCCGUCGUGCGCGCUGGCUACCAGGAGCGGGGAUCUCGGCGCUUGACUGAGAUGUAUCUGAUUCGACGCUUGGCUUUUGUGACGUCGGAGCUCUGGGCCUGCUUCCGCGUGUCAAGGCAAUGGGAGGCGAAAGAGGCCGCCCUCGCGGAGAGCGCGUUCCCUUCGCUCCGCCUGGGCAGUUCUUUGAAGGAGCGCGUGUCUGCGAUGAAAGCGUGGCAAGGCGAGAUGAGCGCUCUGGACGAGGACCUGGGGACGAGGCUCAAAAUUGCGACGCAGCAGGCAGAGGAAAAACGAAACUCGCACGAAGAAGGCCUCGUUGCCAGUCUCGCAAGAGAGGUGGACGCAGUCUACGAGGAGGCCAGAGAAGACAGCGAGGAACUCAGUCUUGCAUUUGAGAUGCAGUGCACGAGCGUGCCAUUCGUCAUGAGAACCGCGACAGAGCUGGGCUUCAGCCGGGAGCCCAGCGAAGCGGAGAUUGAAAGACGCCGCCUCACGAACAAGCUGAGAGCCACUGAGGCAAGCGCGAUCGAAGGCAAGGCGCGCUUGAUCCAGAACGUCAUGCAGCAGCUACGCGACGUCGAGGCAUGUCUCGACGAUAUGCGGCAGGCCCGCGAUGCCGCCCUGAAGCACGUCCUGGGACGAACUCAGGCACACGCCGUUGAGGCGCCACGCGUCGAGGCGACCAAAGCCCGGCAUCGCGAAGAGCUCGAGGCGUUGCAGCAAAUGCGGAACGAGGAGCUGGCCUUCGCGCUUUACCACGCUAAGGAGGAAUUCGUGCACAAUCACCCUCGAGACCCGACAGCAUCUGCAGAAGAAGAGAGGAGGUAUUUGGAACGGCUCAACGAGGAACUUCGACGAGUUCGAGACGAGGUCCAAGCCCGGCAAGACCUCAUACUCGCCAAGCUGAAGGAGAAGCAAGCCGCCGAGUUGAGCGGAGCUCCUCAGCUACUGGCGUCCGACGCGGAGGAGGCAGAGCGCGAGAGGCAGGAAGAAGAAAGGCUCGACGGGGAAGUCCAGCGAGCCCGGGAAGAAAGGCGGCGGCUCCGCGAGGAAGCCGAGGCGGAGAAGCGACGCGAGUUCCAACAGGCUCUGGAAAAGAAGGAAAAGGAGCUCGAGGAGGAGAUGAAGCGCAGAGAGCAAGCUCUCCAGUCCGACCUCGCGCAGCAAGAGGCGCAGCUGCGCUUCCAGGCUGAAGAGAAGGAAGCGAAACGAAAGAGACUGGCGGAAGAGAAAGAGCGAAGACUUAAGCAGAGCAUACUCGUGGUCAAGCGCUCUCAAAGAGACCUGGAGACGGUUGAGCAAACCCUCAAAAAAUUCAGCGAAGAGAAGGAGGCGCUGGCCGCGGCCCUCGAGAGGGAGGAAGCGCGCCAAGCGGAGGCCGUGACAACCAGACGACUCCGGAAAAAACUGGAGCGAAGAAGGAAAGACUGCGAAAGGAAAAACGCAGAAAAGAGACGCUUCUUUGCGCAGCAAGAAGAAGUUGUGAAAAUACUCAAAGAAAGAGAACGUCAGAAGAAGCUGUCCGCUGCGCGAGCCAAGCAAGCCGCCAAGGAGCGAGAGGAGGAGAUCAACCGCAGGAAGCAACGAAUCCAGGAACUGCAGCGGGAGCAAAACUGGCCACCGCUGAUCGCGCAGUUGGCUGCAGUGGAGCAGGACGCGGGCAUCCUGGACUCGAUAGACGAAAACGGAGAACUUGCGGACUGGAAGAGUUCUGUCAUGAAGAGUAUCGCUGCAGCGAACGCCACGCUACACCGCACGGAGCCGUUCGUAAAGAUGUUCCUGUCUCAGCUGCGCGCGUCUGAGCGGUUGAUGAGUCUGUUGUCGAAGACCGGGAAGGAAGCUGCACGCGUCUCGCGGAAACUCGAAUCACUCGAGGCGCGGAAGUCUGAAGACGAGGAUGAGAGCAGAGGAAGCGAAUCAGACAGCGAGAGUGGCAGCGGAAGCAGUAGCGGCAGUAGCAGCAGCAGUGGCAGCAGCAGCAGUGGUAGCAGCAGCAGUGGUAGCAGCAGCAGCGCCGAUAGCGACAGCAGUAGCGCCGAUAGCGACAGCAGCAGCGCCGAUAGCGACAGCAGAAGCGCCGAUAGCGACAGCAGCAGCGCCGAUAGCGACAGCAGCAGCGCCGAUAGCGACAGCAGCAGCGCCGAUAGCGACAGCAGCAGCGCCGAUAGCGACAGCAACAGCGCCGAUAGCGACAGCAGCUCUUCGAGUAGUGGCAGCGAUAGGAGUGGCACGGGUGCCAGUAGUGAGGAAAGUAGCGGGACAAGCAGCGGCGGAAGUUCCAACUCUAGCUCAGGUUCAAGUCGCAGUUCAUCAGGCAAUUCAACCGGCGGUUCCGGGCGUCGUUCACAGCCAGGGGCCAAAGGGAGGGAUGCCGUCAGCAGGAACUCCGACUCGAACGGUGGCAGAGGUAGCUCGAGUUCUGCAAGUAGCAGUCGAAGCAACAGUGGAACCGCCACGGCAGCCAAGCAGCACAGCUCCAGCAGCUCCAGUAGUGGUAGCGAUAGCGACAGUAGCGGGAGCAACGGCAGCAGCAGCCGCGUAAGCAGCAGAAGCAGCGCAAGCGGCAGAGGAAAAAGCAGUGGAGGAAGCCGUAGCAGCAGCGGAAAACGCAGUGCGGGCGGAACAGUUGAAGGCGUGGCGUUAAAACCAGAAAAAAACGAUUCAGGCGACGACUCUGCGAAUUCGCCGUCCUCAAGCCUGCCCGGUUCGUCGUCGGCAUUGCCCCCCUCGAACCCGAAGAAGCCAGCACUACGAAGGAAGCGCGCAACGCCGGCCGUAUUUCUGCCGACGAGUCGGAAGUGUCAUCCAUCUCCUUGCCAGCUGGGAAAAUGGAACACUCUAGAUCUGGUUCGCGCGCGUCAAGUUCCUCAUCCGGCUCGGGAUCCGGCAGCGGUUCAGAGUGACUGA